AUGCCGUCGAAACAGAACAAAUCCACAGCUCCAGAGGAAACCGAAGAGGUCGAUGACGAAGUGGAGGGGCCAAAGUUAAAGGAGAGGAACAACGAAGUGACCAGUGGAGACACAACAAGAAGAGAGAAGACUCGGAAGAAAACCAAGAGCGCGGAAAGCUCUCAGGACCCGGAGAAAGAAGACGGUGAAAAAGUGAAAAAGAAGAAGAAGAAACCAGAUGAUGAUGCCGAAGCUGUGAUUGAAAAUGAAGAUGAGGAGGAGGGCGAGCAGAACAAUAUGAACUCAAGACCAAUUCCAAAAAGGGAGAAACCAGAGAAGCUCAAAGAGGAAGUGACCGAGGGGAAGAAGAAGAAAAAGAAAUCCUCCACGGAGAAAGCAGAGGGAGAGGAGGAGAUGGGAUCCAAGGACAAGAAGCCGAAAGAUGGCAAGAAGAAGAAGAAGAAGACUCACGAUGACGAUGAUGAGGAGCCUUUGAUCGAGGAGCA